GUGGAGCAAGCCAUCAUCAUGUUGUCGGAGGCGUUCCUCAGCACCAUUAUGUAUGAGAAGGAGAUUGGCGACAGCUCUUGGCAGGGACGAUCACAUGAUCAGCGCGUUUCCCGGAAAUGUCCCCGUCCAGUGGAACCCCAUUGCGGGGUGAUCUCCAGCGAGGGCGGAGCCUGUGACUGUGGAGAGAAGGGUCACUGCAACGAAUGGGGUUCGGUGGCCUCUCCGUCCCAGGCCAUGACGAUCCCCAGCAGGGAUCUGGCCAUCUGCAGUAGUCCGGACUUGUACACCUCGUGGUCCAGCAUGUACACGAGCAUCUACAAGAACUAUCCGGACCUUCACAUCGCGGGAGACCACAUCCUGAAUAAGAAGGACUCCGGCUGCGUCCUGGAGUGCGAGGACGGCCCGGUCUUGCUCUCGGUGGACAUUGACAGCAGUAGUCCUCCAACUGGCCUCCUGGAGGGGCCUCCGGAGGAAGGUGUUCUCCGCAGCGAGGACAGCAAUGUCUUUCCUUCCGCCCCCUUUUCCAACUCCAUCCUCAACGGCUUCAUAGAGAAGAAGAUGCAGGAGCUCUACAAGCAGUGCUACGAGGAGACUCUGGUGACCAAGGGGUCCCCCAACCCCGGGUGGCUCAACUUUCUGUUGGCCAACCUCAACCAGAUGAGCCUGAUGGUGUCCCAGGGGCAGAACAUGGACCGGGCAAGGGCCAGAGAGGCCAUUCUGCAGUAUCUGUACAGCGCCACCAGUGGGGGCAGCUCUGAGUUUAUUACCCCCAUCCUCCACAUCUCCACUCAAGACUUCAAGAGGAAAUCCAGCACCUUCUCCAAACAGCUCCGCCCCUAA